AUGCUCACCGCGGAGCAAAUGCAACGCGUAGAAUUAUUACAGCAAAAAAUAAGCUCCUUCAGAGCACAAUUAGAAAAGUUAGAACGCUAUUUAGAAAACGUUCAAAUCGAUGCCAUCAACGCUAAGUUGAGGCUCGACAGUUUAACCUCGUUGUGUAACGAAAUGCAAAAAUACAACGAGGAAUUAGAGAUGUUGCAGCCGAACAACCCUCAGCUGAUCGCGUUUCUCGGAUUCGAGGCGCGGUAUUUCGAGAUCGCCACCGCGGUAAUCAAAAUCCAAAGUCGGGAUCAGACUGCGCUUAAUAACUCGCUAUACACGAGCGACGUGCUCAUAACGGAACGCCAAGAGUUGCCCAGACUUCCCAAAAUCCGUAUUCCGGUUUUUGACGGAAAGAGGGAAAAUUGGGCGUCUUAUAAAAAUAAAUUCCUCGCGUUAGUGCAUUCGCGGUCCGACAUUUCAGACGCGGUAAAGUGCAGUCAACUUUUUGACUCACUCGUAGGCCAAGCGUUGGCCAAAGUCAGUCAGUUUGACCCCAGCGAACAGGACUACGCCAUCGCGUGGCACACGUUAUUAGAUUUUUACAAUCCUAAACGGAUCGUAGCCGUGGAACAUUUAAACGCGGUUUUGGAUCUCCCGAAGAUUACGAGGUCGUCCGCGGAUGAUUUAUCAACUUUUCAGGAUUUUAUCCUGAGGAUCGUCGAGCGUUGCCUUCCUCCGGUAGCGCGCAGUAAAUGGCAGGACCAGCUAGGGAUGCAUGAGCUCCCAAAGCUGGACGAUUUGUUCAAAUUUAUUCAGUCGACCAUUUUUAAGCAUCAAGCUUUUGAUUCUUCCAAUCAUUUCAAGACUGAGACUCAUCAAGUCAGUCAGAAGAGAAGAUCAGGAGAACCUCGCCAUCAACCGGCGAAAAGAUCGGCAACGGGCGACGCGCAAACUUUCGUAACUUUCCCGAAGUCCGAAUGA